CAUCAUCAUCAUCACCAGUGCAAAACUCAUGUGUAUAUGUUAAUAAAAAAUAAGAAAAAAAAUAUUUACACUACAAAAUCAAGUAAAUAUAAACGUGAUUUGUUCAACAUUAAUAUGUCAUUACGUAAAUGUUACAUCAACUGACAUUUGACAUAUUUAUUCAAGCUUAAAUCAUCUCAAAUUUUUAAUAAUUUGUCAAAAUAAUACAUGUAAUAUUGUAUGGAUGGUAUGGAUACUCCCAACGAAUCAAGAGAAAAUUAAUUAAGGAUGGACGUCACAGACGAUGCUGAAGGUCCACUUGAUCCCCGAAUUCAGAUUGAAUUAGAAAAUUUAAAUACAGCAACUGAUGAUAUAAAUAAACUUGAAAUUGAGCUAGAUGAAGCUCAUACUACUUUUAAUAAAUUGUUAUCUGAUUCAACUCGUGAAUUGAAAGAAAUUGCAAAUAAAGUUGGUCCAAAUACUAUUGAAAAAGCUAGGUGUUAUUAUGAAGCUGUUGAAGUUGCAAGAAGAGCUCAGGUUCAAUGUCAACAUCAAGCUCAUUUAUUUCAACGAGCAAGUGAAAUUCAUGCUGCUGCUAAAGAAACUGUUGCACUUGCUGAAACGAGAUUUAUGGCAAACAAAAAUGAAUGGAAUUUUGAUCAGGCGUGGCAGGAUAUGCUCAAUCAUGCAACAAUUAAAGUGAUGGAUGCAGAUAAUCAGAAAGCUGAAUGUGGACGUGAACAUCGUAGAAGAGCAACAUUAUUUCAUGAUGCUGAAAAAAAAGCACAACAAUUAGAAGAAAAACAUAAACGUUCAAUAAUUAAAGCACGUUUAUAUUUUGAGUUUCUUUCUAAUUGUGAUCAAAAACUUUCUGAACAAAAAGAACGUGUUGAAUGUUUAAAAAAAGCUGUUAAAGAAGCUAAACAAGCAUACUCUAAAAGUUUUCGUACACUUGAAGAUAUUAGUAAUCAAAUACAUCAACAAAGAAGAGAUUAUGAUAUUAUUAAUAAUGAUGAAUAUAAUAAUGAUAAUUUAAAUAACUAUGAAUUAAAUUCAAUAAGUCAAACAGCAAGUAGUGAACAAGAUAUUGAUGAUAGAGCACAAGAUAUUGAUGAUAUUAUUGAGCUAAAACAAAGAAUGGAAAAUAUUGGAAAACGAUCUGUUGAUGGUAGUGAAACAAAAUCAAAUCAAUGGGAUAUUGAAUUACAAGCAAGUAUGGAAAAAUUAAAUAAUUUAACAAAAAAAAAUGAUUGGCAAUGUGAUAAAGAAAAUACAAAUACAAUUAAUUUACCAAGUACAUCAAAAUUUAAUUUACCAUUAAAUGAAUUAACAAUUGAUGAUAAAAAAGUACCAAUUGAUUUUCAAAUAUUAAAAAAAGUUGCUAUUAAUACAACACAAUCAUUAACACAAAGUCCAAUAAAUUCAAUAAUAAAUAAAUCAAAAAUAGCUAUUAAAAAUAGUUUAUCAAAAUCAUUAAAUAAUAGUCCAGUUAAUAUUGUUAAAACGACAUUAGCAUUAAAUCAAAAUAAAUUAGACUGUAUGAGUGCUUCAUCAUCAAAUAAUUUUGUUGAUAAGCCAAAAUUUAAAGAGCCUAAUUAUAAAACAUCAAGUAUUAAAGAACUUCCACUUCUUUCAUUAUUUGAUAAAUCAAAUAAUAUUACAAUAAUGACAAAAGAUAAAAGUUGUAGUUUAAUUAAUUUAAAUGAUAGAAAUAAUUUAAAAACAAUGCUUGAUAAUAAUUCUGAAUUAGAUAAUAUUCAAGCUGUUAGUGUUGAAAGACUUGCAAAUGCGAGGCAUAAUCUCAUGUUACAAAAUAACAAGUAA